AUGGACCAAUUACGUAUUUUACUGCUUUUCUUAGCAACCGUGAGUGGUGUCUUGAGUGCCUCAGACGGCACCACUGAGCUAACCAUUCUCGGCGGAGUUGCGCCUAAAGUGCACGUGAAACCCAGUUUGAAAGCAGUCACUAGCCUACGCGCCGGCACCGGAGAAGUGCUAAUCGAUCCCGUUGAAAAUCACAACCUGAAGAUACUGAACCUAGUCGGGGAGUUGAAUGCUGUUCCUGAAAAUAUACACAAUCUUAGAAGUUUGGAGAUUCUGAAUCUCUGUGGCAACAAUUUUCAGUAUGUGUCAUUGGAUUCUUUCCGAGGAAUGUCCCGACUCGCGAAGUUGAAUUUGGGUCAUAACCGAAUCGACACGGUCAGCUCGACAAUCGAUAUCAAUCUACCAGCCCUAACUGAGCUGUUGCUCCACGGAAAUAAGUUGCGAACGCUGGAUCUAACUCGUUUGCAAGCAGAUAAGCUGGAGCGGCUUUAUGUGUCAGAAAAUCAGCUUAAGCAGAUCGACGGCUUUCCCCAGCUGUUUCCGAGCUUGGUGCGGACGGAUUUAUUCGGUAACAAGUGGAACUGUGCUUGGUUGAAUAGCACCCUGCAAGCGCUAGGUGACGUUGAAACGCUCAGCUAUCUACCGAAACCGGCGUGCAACGAUGCAGGAACAGUUAAAGUGGCUAGUUUAGAAUGCGAAUGA